UUUUUUGGCCAAAAGGGGUGUGCUCCUUCCUCCUUCAUCAACUCGAUCAUUUCCGUUCAGGGAAAUUGGAGCAGAAACGAUGCCGAUUGGUCUGAUCAUCCUGCUGGCGUACGAAACGGUGCAUCGUUCAGCACGGCAGCUGAACCGACGUCGCGCCAAACGCGGUCAGUAUGAGGACCUGCCUGCUGACGACUUUGGACGUCCCAUGGACAGCUCGACGGGUCGGAGGCUUUCCCGGAACGAAGCGAGAGCCAUGGCUGCACAUCAGCGUGAGCUUGCGGCCAUGCGAACGAGAGAGGGCGAGUGGCGCCGCAAGGGCAAUACCCUACCGGAGUAUCAAGAGGAUAUACGCGAAGGCCCGGGCAAAGAGAACGAAGUGGUGUUGAGGGGUGUCGACGGAUAUGAGCUGGAAAGGAGCCGCUGGAGCUGGACGGGCUCGCCCGUGUAUAGGGAGAGGGGGGAAGAAGACGAGACGACACACAAUCGACCGACCUCUGUGGCUGUUGCCACCAGCAUACCUGCACGGUAGCAAGCUACCGCCUCCGACGCGAAUCACGCCACCACUUUUUGCGAAGUGCGAAGGAC